UGCAUUUUAUACUAAGAUAGUCAAGCUCUGUUAUCUGGGUCUGAGCCUCAAGACACCUUUGUCCUUUUCCUAGGGCAGCAGGGAGUGAGCAUCUCAGCAUAUCCAGAAAUCUCCAACAACAGACUUGACUCAACACAUUUGGUUAAAAAGUCUUCUGGGAAAGGAAAGUUAAUGAUGUGAGGUUUCCGCGCAAAAUGAAAUACUGAUUAAUAACUCCGUUGAGGAGUGACAGAAGAAAUCGGUUGUCCCAGAAAAGAACAUCAUGACCCCCACAUCAGCAGGAGUGGCAUUAAUUCAUUUGUUAACACUUCAGCUUGUCUUAGUGGGAAAUAUUUUCUGUGGGAAUGUGCUUAUCUGGCCAGAGGAUGGCAGCCACUGGCUAUAUAUCAAGGUCGUUAUUCAGGAACUGCUGCAUAGAGGUCACAACGUCAGCAUCCUAACUCCGUCAACAACCUUUUUAAUAAAACCCAGUGAUGAUAUAGCGGCUGCCAGGUUUGAGGUGUUCCCUGUGCCCUAUGGAAAGAGUGCCAUGGACUCCUAUAUGCAGGAGCUCAUAAUGUUGGGCUUGAACAACAAACCAACCACCCUGACUUUCCACAGCUUCUACCAAGCAGCAAGGAAAUGCGUAAGAAGCAUAAAUGAAAUUCAUAGGCAGAGGUGUGAAGCGGUGCUGGGCAAUCCGGAACUCAUGGCCCGCCUGAAAAAGAGCAACUAUGAUGUUCUGGUUGCGGACCUGAUCUUACCCUGUGGCGACCUCAUUGCUCUGAAGUUGAACAUCCCAUUUCUGUUCACCGUAAGGGUCACGCCAGCCUCAACGCUGGAGAGACACUGUGGCAAAAUGCCUGCUCCUCCUUCGUAUGUUCCAGCUAUCAUGUCUGGGCUCACAGACAGAAUGUCUUUUGGAGAACGGGUGAAGAAUAUAAUAUCUUACCUUGUGCAAGAUUAUAUUUACCAGAGCUGGUGGGGAGAGUGGGACUCUUAUUACAGUCAGGUUUUAGGGAGACCCACAACUCGUUGUGAAGUGAUAGGGAAAGCAGAGAUCUGGUUGGUCCGCACCUACUGGGACUUCGAAUUCCCGCUGCCUUCCCUACCAAAUUUUGAAUUUGUGGGGGGUCUGCACUGUCAGCCAGCCAAGCCUUUGCCAGAGGAAAUGGAAGAAUUUGUCCAGAGUUCAGGGGAACAUGGCAUUGUGGUGUUUUCUCUGGGCUCUCUUGUUGCAAGCUUAACAGAUGAAAGGAAUAACAUGCUUGCAUCAGCACUCAGCCAACUUCCACAGAAGGUCAGUGUUCAUGUCAUUUGGUUAAAAAUGCAGUUGUAUACAGUACUGGAUUUGUGAAAAUGCUGCCCUCAUU